UUUACGAACUCGUGAUGUCAGGAGGCAAGCAGAAAGGGUUGAUUUGUUGCAAAGGAAAAAGUCUAUUUGGUUUUUUGUUUUGGGAUGAAUGUAGUUUCUGAAAACAUUGGCAUCAGAUAACAGAUAGGAUGAAACGACGGAAGACGGAUAUUCUGCGUCGCUGUAUGUUGACAGUGGCAUAAAAGUGAAGAAACUGUCAUCUUCUGCUCUGUUUCUCUUCCUAGUCCGGGUUUAUUCUCUCCUGCAGCUAAUAUGACACGGCAUGUUUUGGAACACGUGACAGAUUUCAGCGAUUUUACAAGAGGUAAAGAACUAAAAGACUUUUUGAAGCAGUCUUAUGCUAAAAAUUCUUCAAAAAGCUGCUUGUCUAAUAUUCGCAUUAGUCCAGAUGGGAGACACAUCCACAUCAUCCAGCAAGCUCCAAGAACUGGUCUUAUGACCCAUGACAAAUAUCAGAGAACCCACCUGCAGUUCCAGGAGAAUCUGGAUCUAGUGCUGACACGAAAUGUCUCGAUAGUUGACAUACUUUAUUUCAAACAAAAUGACUCCUUGGACGUUGUUCUGGUUGGAAUAAUAUUUGAGAAUGGCAAAGCGGAAUUAUGGAAAUUCUCUGAGCAGAAAUCUGGAUGGAGCUCGCUUCAGACUGUGGAUCUCUGUAACAGCCAGAGAGCCAAAAUCUCCUCUGUGUGUAUCAAUCAGAAUUUCAUCAUAUGGUGUGAGGAGAGACCUCAUACAGAGAGCUCUUUAGUCUCCGGUGUGGAUCGGAGUCACUUCACAUACUGCAUCUGUAGAAGAACUUUUGAUGUCGAUGAACGAGGUAUCUCCUUAGGUGGAGUGAAAACUGCACUGCACAAUAAUCCUUGUUACUCGGUUGUCAGUUCUGGAGAUAUUGUAUAUUUGUUACCAAAUAUAAAGAAAGACUCUCGCCUGAGUGUUAGAAAAGUGUUUUUAUCUUGGUCCCCUCAGAGUGAUGUCUUUAAGGUCCACAGUGGGAGUAAUGGAACAAUCCUCAUCAGAAAUUCCACAGCAAACAAACAGCUAGACUUUAAAAGAUUGAUCACUGAUUGCAUUGGCUACCUGUCAACCAUUACUCCGCCUGACAUCUAUGGUUUUAAUCCGGUUGGACAUGGGGAUAUCCUGCUCCUCCUCAGCUCUGGGUGGGUUUGCAUUAUGCAAAGAGAUGGAAUUCUACGGCAGAUUUAUAAACUGCCCGACAACUGCCUUGCUACAUGUGGGACUCAAAACAGCAUUAACAUGUAUGAUGACGUCAUUGCACUUACAGUGGGCAGAAUGAUGUACUUAAUUGACAUUAAGUGUGGCACGGAGUUGGAGAGGAUCCCUUUAAAAAUGGAGGGCCUCCUCUUUUUAAUCUGUUUGGGAACUUAUUCCCUGCAGAUGUUCUCUGAGGCUGGGUUAUAUAUGGUAAUCCAAAAAGAGACCGAAGCACACUCCAAGCCAUCAGGUGCUCAUUUAGAGAAUAUUAACUCCGGUGCUGUCUUGCUUGAGGCUGUGUUUGAGGAGGCAUGUAAAUAUUACCAACAGAGAAGUCUUAGCAACACACAGCUAACAGCUGAAAAACUAAAGAAGGGUGGAAUGUUUCAGGCACCGAUCACCUUGGCAGACAUCAUCAGCGACUACUUGGGCAACAGUAAGACAAAAAUUACAGGAAAGGAAUCUUCAGGACAUGAAAAACUGUUAAGCUGUCUGGACUCUGAGCUGAAGAGUCUUAUUGCUCUGGAGGACAUUAAGGCAUCAGUAGUGAAAGCCUCAGAAAAAGAUCUUCAGUGUUAUUGUGAGAUUCUUGUUCAGCAGGAACUCUGCAGAAUUCUCAGCUCAGAAAUCGAUAGGGAAAACUUACAAUAUCUGAAUAGUAUGUUUCAAUUAUUCCCUGCUGAGACCUGGCAAGCCGUACAGACUGUGCUCCAGCUCCGAUGCAAUGGUGAGGGCUUGUUAUCUUCCAAAGCUCCUGCUGAAUUAUGGAAGAUUGUUCUAAGCCCUGUCCAAGCUACACCUAACUACAACAACAGUCAGCAGAAAAACACUCCAGCCAAUGGUGCAUUGCCAGUCUUCGAGUUGCUGUGUCAGUCCAUCUUUAAAUUCCAGCCCAGCUGGCUUCCCAAGUUUCUAGAGCUGGCACAGCAGCAGUCCAGCUCUUCAUCUACAUCUUCUUGGAGUUUUGGAAAGGAGAAUUCUGAAAGUCUACCUUUAUACAAAAGGGCCCUUGCUGUCCUUCCCUGUAAAGGUGGCUGCCAGGACUUGGAGGUGGAGCUGCUCUUGUGUAGCCAGCGGCCUAAUGCAGUAAUGCAAGCCCUUCGCAUGCUCAUAGGACAAGGUCAGUGGGACCGAGUUACCCAGGUGGCCGAGCGGUACUGCCGUCAAAGCCCUCUUCUCAAUAAGGAGAUUUUCACCACACUGCUCAGUGAGGUGUCUCAGCACAGAGACCUGGACCCCUACCUGGACUUACUAUGGGCCCUUUGUCCAGAAGACAUGACUGUUACUGGAAUUUUAAACCUAGUGCUCAAAAAUUUGCCCCCAAGUUCACAGUCGUCAGGACCAUUCCAGGGACAUUUGGACGGGAGUCAGCUCACCAUCGGUCUUCUGAAGCCUCUGCUGAGUAAAGUUCUACAUCGGGAGACGAGAUCCAGCCAGAGGUAUGCAGACAUUCUCCAGUCCCCGACCCUUCCUCCCCCUACACCUCGACGUCAGGUUGUAGAUUUGGCUCGAGUCAGCACUGAGCUGGACAGUGACCUAAAGGAGAAAACUCAGUCUGACUCUCCAGUCACUUCUGUCUGACAUUCCCAGACACAAAUCAGAUCAGUGGUUAUUGCACAGGCCAGACACUGUUGGCCUUCAUGUUAUUGCUGAUAUCGUAGAUAGGAACCUUAAUAGGGCCUGCAUUAAAGUCUUUUAAAAUAUUGAUUAGUCUGUAGUGAACAAUUCAAGUAUGGCUUAUUUUUAUUUUCAGAUGUAAAUAAUAUUUAAAUGGUUUGUUUGGAGAAGCAUUUUAUGAUUUUAAUGAUACAAUUCUUUGAUUUUAAUAUAAAUGCAUCCUUAUUUAAGCUCCAUGGAACAUUCUUUCUGUUAAAAACAGAUGCUCUUUUAUACUCACCUGACUCUUGGGUGUCAAAGUCACAUCAUAGUGUAUUUUAUAUCGAAUAUGUCUAAAUGGAUUCAAAUAGGAAAAAAAACCUAUGCAGUAAGAUGUGCUGUUGUAAUUCAGUGGAGCGAUCUAAGGUUCAGUCAUUAUAGGAAGUUUAUUAGCACGUAGUGUGGAGCUGCACUGAGCCAUGAUGUCCGCUUCACUAACAGAGAAACGUUUCAGUAUAGAACACUACACAUGAUGGUAUCUAGAUGUGUAUAAAAAUAAUUACACUUACUCAGUAAUGUGUAAACAUAUAAUAAUAUGCUAAUGUAAAAUGUAUGUUAAGGAGAAAAAAAACUUAAUUUCUUCAGGUUAAUAUUUAAAGGAUUGAACACUGGUUAUGUGUAUUGCUGCCAUGAUUUGUCUCCUCUUCAAUAGAGUUGGAGACCUGGCAGUUCAUGGUGGCAUACACCUUACUUAAUCACUUAAUUAUUUUCCCUCAAAUUGACUUUUCCAAGUAUGUAUAUAAGUUUACCAUAACUAGGAAAUUUAUGAACCUGAAAACCUUAUUUGUUUACUCUUCAUCUCCUCUUCCUAUUUUCAAAAAAGUGUUGCAUGGCCUGUAAUUGCAUAUUUGGACAUGAUUGCCUCUUAGAUUUAUUGAUGCAGUAUAAAUUGUUCAGAACCAAUUGAGAUUUUCAGUUCCCCAUGGUACUUAAAUGAAAAAAAGUGCACUUGUGACUUUCACACUUUGGAUAGCCAGAAAUUCUGGGUACUUACCAGAAUUUCCCUAAAAAGGUUUCAGGUUUCACCAACUUUAAAUAUGCAUGAUAAAGCAUAUAACAAUUGCCAUAAUAAUAUAUAUAUAGCUAUGCUAAUGCCAUGAAAGUGUAUUUUGCUGUUUUUUUGGCUUGUUUAAAUACGAACAAAUGCUUCUGAAGACACUAAUGUAAAAAUAAAGGAAAACAAUAAAAGAAUAUUCUCUAUAAACCUA